AUGGUCCACUCGAAGCAACCCAAGGUGCUAUUAUUCGAUAUUGGCGGAGUGUGUGUCGUCUCGCCCUUCCAAUCCAUCCUAGACUACGAGCUCAGCCUCGGCAUCCCUCCAGGAUGGGUCAACUACUCCCUCUCCAAGACCAGCCCCACGGGGUUCUGGCACCGCCUUGAGACGGGCUCAAUCCCCAUGGACAAGGCCUUCUUCGCGGGCUUCAAUGCGGACCUCCACGACCAGGGGCGGUGGGAGGCCUUCUACGCCGCCCAGAGGGCCAAGAACCCUGCCCUCCCCGAGCAGGUCCCGCCCCUCCCCGCCAUCGACGGGGAGUACCUCUUCAACACCAUGAUGACAAACUCGAUCCCCCCGGACCCGUGGAUGUUCCCCGCGCUCAAGAAGCUCAAGGAGAGCGGCCGGUACAUCCUCGCGGCGCUGAGCAACACCGUCAUCUUCCCCGAGGGCCACAGGCUGUGGAAGAAGGAUUUCAUGGACGACCCCGUGCGCAGCCUGUUCGACGUCUUCAUAUCGUCGGCACACGUCGGGCUGCGGAAACCGGACCCGAGGAUGUACGAGCUCGCCCUUCGGAUGCUCAAUGAGUACGCCGCCAAACACGCAAGUUCCGAAAGGGGCCAGGCGCUGGGGUGGGCCGAUGGAAUCAAGGCGAGCGACAUUGUGUUCCUCGACGACAUUGGCGAGAACCUCAAGGAGGCGAGGAGGCAGGGCUUCGGGACGAUCAAGGUCCACCUGGGGAGGGCGUAUGAGGCUGUCGAGGAGCUGGAAAAGAUCACGGGGCUGCAGUUGGAGGGCGACCAUCCCAAGAUCCCGGCGAAGCCCAACUUGAAGGGCAGCGGCAAGGCGAAGCUUUAG